UCAAGCGCGAAAACUCGGGAGCGCGCGCGCAUAUUUUUGGCUUGUUAUUGUGGAUAGGACAGUUCUGCCUCGCUGAGUUGCUCAAGCGUUGCACAACUUCCAGCCGAGUGGAGCAGAGUGCCAUGCACGCGUUCCUGAAGUCUGCCAACCCCAACCUCGCCCCCCCGUUGAAGGAGAGGGGGAAAGAAGCCAAGCAGAAGCCCAAGAGAGAGGUGCAUGUUCCCUGGGUGGAGAAAUACCGCCCGAAGACAGUGGAUGAUGUGGCCCACCAGGACGAAGUGGUGUCUGUUCUUAAAAAGUCUCUCCUUGGAGCAGAUCUUCCCAACCUCCUAUUUUAUGGACCUCCCGGCACCGGAAAGACGUCAACCAUCCUGGCACUGUCACGAGAGCUCUUUGGGGACAUGUACAAGUCUCGUAUCCUAGAGCUGAACGCUUCGGACGAGCGCGGCAUUCAGGUGGUCCGGGAGAAAAUCAAGAACUUUUCCCAGCUCACCGCCAAUGCCACGAGGCCAGAUGGAAGACCCUGCCCGCCGUUCAAGAUAGUGAUUCUGGACGAAGCAGACUCUAUGACGCCGAGUGCCCAGGCAGCACUGCGUCGGACCAUGGAAAAGCAAACGAAGACCACACGCUUCUGUCUCAUUUGCAACUACAUCAGCAGGAUCAUUGAGCCGCUAACAUCGAGGUGCUCGAAGUUCCGCUUCAAGCCACUUCCCAAGGACAUCCUGUUGGAACGGCUCCAGAAGAUCUGCACUGCAGAGAAUGUGCAGUGUGAUGACGAGGUUCUCGACUUCCUCAUGGAGGCCUGCGAGGGAGACAUGCGCAGGGCCAUCACUCUGUUCCAGAGCGUGUCCAGGCUGAAAUUGGGCGAGCCAGUCUUGACGGAAGACGUGGCCGAGGUUGCUUGCAUUAUUCCCAAGAGUUGGGUCGACAGGGUCCUGCAGACUUGUGCCUCCAAUUCCUACGAGAAGCUCGACCAGACGAUACAGGAUCUGGUGCUGGAGGGCUACCCGGCGUCGCAGCUGUUCAACCAGCUUCACGACGUCCUCAUAGCGAGUGCAGAUUACGACGACAAGCAGAAGUCGGUGAUCAUGGAGAAGCUUGCCAUCUGCGAUCACAGGCUCCUUGAAGGUGCGGAUGAGUAUCUGCAGAUGAUGGAUCUUUGCGUCACCAUCAUGAACCAGGUGUGCAGUGUGCAGCGAGCAUAAUUAGACACUGCUCUCACGGGGGAAUGCAUGUGUUUUCAUUUUGCACAUCUCUGUUAUAACUAAUAAACUGUUACAUUUUUGUAAUUCACAA